UUCUGCAUUUUCUCUUUUGACAAGUUCUCCCUCCACUUUGGCUCCACUGGAUUCAACCUUGAGCACAUCUGCCCUCAAAGGGACCUGAAACAGAUCCAAAUGUACACACACUCAAGUGCGGCCUUAGCUGCGGAUGAUGCCACCCGUGGGUCCACCACGGAUGCCAGGAAGGCCACAGUGCUCAUGACCGGGUUUUCUGAUUGGCUGAAAGGCACGGGCUGGUACGCCAGUGGGCCGAGGGAGGCCGAGGAGUCUUCUAGGUAAGGGUCUUCUAUUGGCAAGCGAAGGAAGUGAAGGAUACACUCGUCCUGCGUUCUAGAGCCGACGUGCUCGGAUACUUUGUUCCAGUCGUCUCUGUAGACCUCUAAGGCCUGAGAGAGACACGGGAGAGAGACAGAGGAACAAGCAAGUGUGAGAACAACUUCCAAAAUUUCAGAUGUCGGAGCGCAGACCAAAGUUCUGGGAGUCUGAAGGCUUCUCUCUACUCUUUUCUGGGAAAUACAACAUGUGUUGCGAGGCGGACACCUGGAAGAGGGAGUUUAUCAGGCCCCCCAGACCACCUACAGCUUCACACAAACCUGGUCGUCUCUGAGGUGAAUACGUCGGCGGAAAAUGAUUGGUACAUUCUUCUCAUUCACACAAUAGUCCUCUUCGUUCAUCCACUCGUUGAAAACAUCUGUGUCCAAAACCCAGCAGGCAUGAACCUGGAGCACAGACACCCACACAAAUCAGUAUUGAUGUGGUGGCGCGUGCUGGUGUAUCUCAUCAAGUGUCCAAAAUGAAUACACAAGAGAUCAUAUCACCAAAUACCAGUAAAAUUGAUGUCGACUUUUGAUAUAGUAAAUGUAGCAGGAAACAGUGUUGUGUAAAUAAGUAUAUAAAGUUGUUUUUUUUGUGUGCUGUACUAACCCGCCACGGCUUUUCUGAAUGUGGUGGCUCUUCAACCUCUCCUUCAACAUCACUUGAGGACAACCAACUGUCGUAACUGUGGGAAGGUGGCAGGAGACACAAAAGUGCUUCCCGAUCCACUGUCGCACCACCUCCAGCUGGGCUAAAGUAUCCGGACUCUCCCAGAACCUAGCGGACGGACUGCUGUCUUUUUUCCGGUGUGCGGAUGUGCCGAAGCUGGCUUGGCUUGUCCCGGGAAUGCCGAGGCCCUAAGAUCCUAUGGGUGUCCAGGGUCUGACCACCUAUGUGGAGGGGAACAGAAACUUCCUCCAAGAUGUGAAAUUCAGGGACAGUCGCCUGGUUAUUGAUGGCUGCAGUUUGUAUUUCCGCCUCUACUUUAACCACGGUUUGGACCAGCAGCAUGGAGGGGACUAUGAUGCUUUCGCCUGCCUGCUCACCCAGUUCCUGUCUGCAUUGGCGGCUUGCAACAUCCAGCCAUUUGUGGUACUGGAUGGAGGUAUUGACCCCAGUGACAAGAAGUUUCCCACUCUGCGCCAGCGUCUCCAGUCCAAGAUAAGAGAGGCAGACAGCCUCUCCCACGGCCGCAAUGGCUCCGUUCUCCCCAUCCUCACAAGAGAUGUCUUCAUUCAGGUCCUCAUCCAGAGAGGAGUGCCAGUGGUCCAGUGUCCAGCUGAGGCUGACUGGGAAAUUGCAUGUUUGGCUCACCAGUGGAACUGCCCAGUUCUGACCAAUGACAGCGACUUUUAUAUCUUUGACCUGCCAGGUGGUUACCUGCCACACCAUUUUUUCCAGUGGACCAACCUUAAUGGUAAAGCCUCUCACCGCUACAUCUCGGCUCGAUGCUACACCACUAACAGCCUGUGUCGCUGGUUCGGUGGAAUGAACAAGGAGUUGCUCCCCUUAUGUGCCGUCCUGGCUGGUAAUGAUUAUGGCACUCCAAAAGAUACUGAAACACUCCUGGGUUUGUUAGAUGCGAGUGUAUUAGGGAGAGGUGGUGGCAGGGGUAAAGGUAGAGCAUCCACUUCCCGCAUUGAGGGCUUCCUUCUCUGGCUUUCCUCUUUUUCAAAUCCAGCGGAGGCCCUGGAGGAAGUGAGCAGGCUUAUGGGGGAGGAAGGUGGAGACGUUAGGGGCAAGAGAGGACAGAAGUCUGGGCUCAGUUCACAGCUGUGGGCAGGUAUGCAGGAGUACCACAUCGCCCCUCAAAGCUCUCUGGCUUGCUGGUUCUCUGGAGGUAAGGCAGCUCCUGGAGGGCGGACCUCUGGGCUGCCCGAGUGCCUGUCGCUGGCUGCAGCUCAGGGACUGUUGGCUCCCUUGGUGGUAGAUGCUCUGGUGAUGCGCAGGGUCCUGCUCAUCCCACAGGUGGAGAACAGCAAGCUAGCCAGCAGCCAUUGUAGUGCCAGCAACAUACGCCAGGCUAUAUAUGGGAUAUUACUGCAGAGAGUCCCAGAUGUCCAAGCACGGGAUAUGAGGGUACAAGAAAAAAUCAGCCAAGGUCCAAGAGGUGGGAGAGGGCGAGGGGGAAGGGGGCGGGGAUGUGGUCAGGUUGGUGGAGGUAGGGGUCAGGGCACACAGCAGGGUGUAAAUGUAGGAUUCAGCAUUGAACAAGCCGCUGGUGCAGCUACAGUGCAGGCUCAGGGGUCUGCUGUAGAGGAGUACGACCGUGUGGAUCUGAACUUGAAGAAAAAACAUGUAGAGGCACAUCCGCUCAGAACCCCCCUACGUCUAGACACACUUGGUCAGGCUCCUGUGGUGGUUCGUCUUGGUGUCCUGUUAGAAGUCUUAGGGAUGAAGGAGUCUUCUCUGGUUCCUGUUCCUCUUCACUUGAGGCUGGCUGUAGCAGUGACAGCCUUCUGGCUGCGAGAGGCCAUACCAACACCCUCACAGCCCCAGCUCCAGGCUUUGGUGCUGGGCAUGAUUUACGGAGAGCUGUCCUGGAACAACCAGCCUGGAGCUGCACACUACCAGCAUGCCGUCCCACAGCUAAACUGGGCUGCAGAGCGCAACGUGUGGGCAGGGCUGGAUCGACAACGGGUGAGGCCAGGGGAGAGACGGGGUUUGGAUGUCGGAGCGGCUCACAGUUUUAGCCAAUGGCAGGCCUGCCUCUGGAGCACACUGUGUCUCAAUCAGCUAUUACUGAUGCCACUGCCUGAACCCCACCUAUCAUGGUUGUACAGUGGUACCGUGGUGCAUGGCCUCUUCAGGUAUCUGAAGGAGGGCCGAGCUGCUGAAUCCCUCCUAGCCGGGGGUUCCAUGUCAGGACAACUCUACUCCUCCCUGCUGGACGCUGUGAGGAACUGCAGCUCCAAAACCCAUCCAUCCUCUUCGGCAGCAGGGAGGAGGAAGAGAGGUGGAGGCCGGGGAAGGAGAGGAAGAGGGGGGCGUGGGAGAGGAGCAAGGGGAGGGGGGAGAGGGACUGAGGAGAUAAACAACAGGUUUGCUCUCCUGAUGAGCGACGAAGAGUCUGAUGAUUAUUGAUGUGGAGGCAGAGGAAAAUGAACUGAUUGAUAUGAAACACUUGCUAGGGCCAUUAUGAGGGAGGACAUUCCUGUUUUAUCAGACACACUCAGGAAAUGCUAUAAAUAGUAAUUUCACAAGUGAAGAACUACACCUAAUGUUUCUGCUUUUAGCUGAUUUAUGAAAGCUUUUAUAUCACUGUAAUUGAUGCAUGUUUUCAAUCUGACACUUUUAAUCAGUUAUAUCAACACAAGAUGUAAACAGUAAAUGCAGAGAUUACUUAUUUUAUCAUCUCUGUUGACCACAAAGUUGUAUGGCAGCUAUUGUCAUCUUGAUAAGCAACUCAUGAAAUCUUAUUUUAUUGCAGAUGCCUUCAUACUUAUGAAUUUGGUGUUGAUCUUUCUAUAAUAAAAAAUAUAAAUCAAA